AAGUAUCUGACAAGGGAGAGGGAGGAGGAUGAUAUGGGUAGGCAGGACCUGUCAGCACAAAGUAAGAGAUCACAAAACUGUUUCCAGCGAUGAAAUAAGAAUUUAUUACCAAAACAGAGAUUUUAGAGCUGGGAGAAAUCAGGGCACACUUUAGAUUUUUAGACAGACGUUGAAGCGAGCAGCAGCUAUAUUCAAUUGCAAGGGCUGUUGUUCCUAGCAAACCUUAGCUCCGCCUUGACGAGCUCUGCUCCUCCCCCUAAUAUCUGCGGGAGCGUCACAGUCUGGCAGCUGUUACCAGGGAGACGAGUGACACGCACUGAGGAGAGAAAACGGGGAUCCCAAGUAGAAAUCACAUGAUCAUUACCCCAAGUGUGAGUGCGAAAAUUCCAUGUAGGAGAUAGCAGGCCUGGGCAGGUGGAGGUCGGGAUGAGAGCCUCAUCAUUCUUUCAUGAUUUUUUUAUUACGGUGCUUGGAAAGUAGACUACAUCAGCUUUUCUGAAACAAAAUGCACAUCUCUAAUAUACUAUUUAUUUGACUGUAACUUCUGGGGGAAAACAGAGGCAUUUUCUUACCUGUAAUAUCCAAGACACUAAAGAACAUUUUGAAAAUGAACCGAUAUACAACCAUGAAACAACUGGGUGAUGGCACUUAUGGAAGUGUUUUGAUGGGGAGGAGCAAUGAGUCUGGAGAACUGGUAGCUAUCAAAAGGAUGAAAAGGAAAUUUUAUUCCUGGGAAGAAUGCAUGAAUCUGCGAGAAGUUAAGUCUCUGAAGAAACUUAAUCAUGCCAAUGUGGUUAAACUAAAAGAAGUUAUCAGAGAGAAUGACCAGCUCUUUUUUGUAUUUGAGUACAUGAAAGAAAAUCUUUAUCAGCUGAUGAAAGAUAGAGAAAAUAAGAUGUUCACUGAGAAUGAGAUUAGGAACAUUAUGUUCCAGGUGCUUUCAGGCUUAGCUUUUGUGCACAAACAUGGUUUUUUCCAUCGUGAUAUGAAACCUGAAAAUCUUCUUUGUAUGGGCCCUGAACUUGUAAAAAUCGCAGAUUUUGGAUUAGUUAGAGAACUAAGAUCUCAGCCACCAUAUACUGAUUAUGUAUCUACCAGAUGGUACAGAGCCCCUGAAGUAUUGCUCAGAUCCUCUUCAUAUAGCUCUCCAAUAGAUAUAUGGGCUGUUGGUAGCAUUAUGGCUGAACUGUAUACUCUUAGACCUCUUUUUCCAGGGACAAGUGAGGUUGACCAGAUCUUCAAAAUCUGCCAAGUUUUAGGAACCCCCAAAAAGAAUGAUUGGCCUGAAGGAUAUCAGCUUGCAGCGUCAAUGAAUUUCCGCUUCCCUCAAUGUGUUCCUAUCAAUCUGAAAACCCUCAUACCCAAUGCUAGUGAAGAUGCUUUAUCACUAAUGAGGGACACAAUGCAGUGGGACCCCAAAAAACGGCCAACAGCCAGUCAGGCUUUAAGACACCCAUAUUUUCAAGUUGGACAAGCAUUGGGGCCUCCAGUCCAGUAUGUCGAGCAGAAAAAGCCUUUGAACAAAGCACCAAAACCCCAGGAACCUCGCCCAAUAUAUGUAACAAAAAUGCAGUCUUCAUCAUCAUCUGAAAUUUUAGAGAAAUCAUCACCUGAUACACCACCUGCAACCAACCGACCUCUACAGCAAAUUCAGGUGCCACAGAGUACAGAUGAUAUUCAGCUGCCAUCCAAAACUCAGCAAGUGGUUCUUCCCAGCAUCAGCAAAACUAUUUCUCCGAAACCUGUAGCCAAUGGACCACAGACCAGUGCUGUCAGCAUUAAACAUGGACGACGACGCUGGGGUCAGUCUGUUGUUAAGGACAGCUGGGAUGAAAUUGAUACAGACUUUGGAAUUUCAUAUUCAAAGAAACCCACGAUGGCUCUAGCAAAGGAAAACAAACCUGAGGAUUCGUUAUUUGGUUUGUCAGAUCCCAUUUCCAUCGUUGACGAAAACAAAGGUUCUUCAAUUGUUGGCAUGAAGAGAACAGAUACAAGUCAAACGACUUCAGCCAAGCAGCACUAUCUCAGGCAGUCACGAUACUUACCUGGCAUGAACCCCAAAAAUGCAGGGUUAAUUUCUGCUAAUAAAGAUGGAAAGCAUGCCACGUGGAACAGUGCCCUAACAACGAAACCACUAGGCCCGAUAGGAGCAGGCCUUGGUUUCAGUAAAGCUAAUGGAGCAGGCAUUUUAGGAGGUUUCAUAGGCCCCUCCUACAACUCACCUGGAGGAUACAUCCCUUCAUUUAACAAGAAGGAAGUUGGAUCAGCAGGGCAGAGAAUACAGUUGGCACCAAUUGGAGCAGCAACAACUGCACCUGUUAUCAGUGAUGCUGUGAAUGGUAAAGUAAAACUUACCAAGCCAAAAUCUACCACACUAAGAACCUUACCUGAUAACGCUGCAGAUUAUGAUGCUUGGAAACCAAAAGCUGUACGCUCUCAGAUGCCAGCUCCACCUUUCAAGCCAGCUGCUGGAAAUCUAUCUAUAUUAAACCGCCCUCAGCCACUGCAGGCAGUCCAUGGAAGAACAGACUGGGUAGCCAAAUAUGGAGGCCAUCGUUAAGAGUUGAUGGAUUUUCAUGUUCCAAGGAUUGGUUCCAAAAUCGAAAGACUUGUUCUGGGGCUGUUUCUCAUUAAAUUGGAGCUUUGUGAAAAUCUACCUGCUGAAAGUUACUGAAGAGCAUACAUCUACAUGUACAGCAUCAAUACUGUUAAAAAGAGCCUAUAUGUACUUAUGCAAAUGAAAUCUCUUCUCUAAGGGAGAGGUAAUCUGUUUAUUAGUUUAACUUAUUUAUUUUAUUUUGUUCUGAAAUACAGUAGAUAGUAUGAAAGCAUUGCUUCUAAUGCACAACUGACCAUAAAGUAACCCUUCCUUAUUAUUUCUAUGUGCAGCUGCCUUAUUGCAUCAAACGUAAUUUGCAGAUGUCAGCAAUAUUGCACUGGGAAAGUUCAGUGGUUAGCAAGUGUAUUGUUUACAGGGAA